UCACAUGAACGUAUACACACAGGAGAGAAGCCUUACUUCUGCUCUGACUGUGUAAAAUGCUUCAAAACAUCAACUCAGCUAAAAGUUCAUCAGAGAACACACACAGGAGAGAAGCCUUACUCCUGCUCUGACUGUGGAAAAUGCUUCACAACGUCAACUGAUCUAAAAGUUCAUGAACGUAUACACACAGGAGAGAAGCCUUACUUCUGCUCUGACUGUGUAAAAUGCUUCAAAACAUCAACUCAGCUAAAAGUUCAUCAGAGAACACACACAGGAGAGAAGCCUUACUCCUGCUCUGACUGUGGAAAAUGCUUCACAUCGUCAACUGAUGUAAAAGUUCAUCAGAGAACACACACAGGAGAGAAGCCUUAUUCCUGCCCUGACUGUGGAACUAGGUUCUCUCAACUUUCCAACUUAAAAUCACAUGAACGUAUACACACAGGAGAGAAGCCUUACGUCUGCUCUGAAUGUGGAAAAUGUUUUAAAACAUCAAAUGAGCUAAAAGUUCAUCAGAGAACACACACAGGAGAGAAGCCUUAUUCCUGCCCUGACUGUGGAACUAGUUUCUCUCGACUUUCCAACUUAAAAUCACAUGAACGUAUACAUACAGGAGAGAAGCCUUACGUCUGCUCUGACUGUGGGGCGAGUUUCUAUCAUCUGGGCACCUUAAAAACACACCAACGUAUACACACAGGAGAGAAGCCUUACUCCUGCUCUGACUGUGGAAAAUGUUAUAAAACAGCAAAUGAGAUAAAAGUUCAUCAGAGAACACACACAGGAGAGAAGCCUUACUCCUGCUCUGACUGUGGAAAAUGCUUCAAAACAGCAAAUGAGCUAAAAGUUCAUGAACGUAUACACACAGGAGAGAAGCCUUACUUCUGCUCUGACUGUGGAAAAUGCUUCACAACGUCAACUGAUCUAAAAGUUCAUCAGAGAACACACACAGGAGAGAAGCCUUAUUCCUGCCCUGACUGUGGAACUAGGUUCUCUAAACUUUCCAACUUAAAAUCACAUGAACGUAUACACACAGGAGAGAAGCCUUACUUCUGCUCUGAAUGUGGAAAAUGUUUUAAAACAUCAAAUGAGCUAAAAGUUCAUCAGAGAACACACACAGGAGAGAAGCCUUUCUUCUGCCCUGACUGUGGAACUAGUUUCUCUCGACUUUCCUACUUAAAAUCACAUGAACGUAUACAUACAGGAGAGAAGCCUUACGUUUGCUCUGACUGUGGGGCGAGUUUCUAUCAUCUCGGAACCUUAAAAACACACCAACGUAUACACACAGGAGAGAAGCCUUACUCCUGCUCUGACUGUGGAAAAUGCUUCAAAACAGCAAAUGAGCUAAAAGUUCAUCAGAGAACACACACAGGAGAGAAGCCUUUCUUCUGCCCUGACUGUGGAACUAGUUUCUCUCAACUUUCCAACUUAAAAUCACAUGAACGUAUACAUACAGGGGAGAAGGCAUACUCCUGCUCUGACUGUGGAAAAUGUUUUAAAACAGCAACUGAGCUAAAACUUCACCAGAGAAAACACACAGGAGAGAAGCCUUACUUCUGCUCUGACUGUGGAAUUAGUUUCUCUCAACUUUCCCACUUAAAAAUACAUGAACGUAUACACACAGGAGAGAAGCCUUACUUCUGCUCUGACUGUGUAAAAUGCUUCAAAACAUCAACUCAGCUAAAAGGUCAUAAGAGAACACACACAGGGGAGAGAAAAAAGUUAAUCAGAGAACACAGGCAUGAGAGAAGCCUGCUUAUGUCUGCUCUGACUUUUGGGUGAGUUUCACUCACCAUAGCAACUUAACACACCAAAGACUAUAGACGUCUAGCCAAAGGCUGCGUGUUUGAAUCUCAUCAAUGACGACUUUAGCAAUUUAGCUAACUAGCAACUUUGCAACUUCUUACUAAUUUUUAGCUAUGUUAGCAUGUUAGCUUAGCAUGCAACUACUUAGCAUGUUAGCUAACCUUUCCCCUAAACCCAUUUA